GCCGCACCGCGGUUGCCAACUCGCGCAGGGCGCUUUGGCGAAGUCCCGGAGUGGAGUCCCGCGUCCCGCCUCCUCCCUGCGGGGCGCGCUCUCCUUGCUCCCCCCCGCAACCCUUCCCCACUUUUCCCCCCUUUUGCAAUCACAUGGCAUUUUAAGAAUGCCGGAAAGAUGGCGGUAGCGGCGGCGGCGGCAGCGGCGGCCGGGCCGGCCGGCGGGGGAGGCGGCCGAGCGCAGCGGAGCGGGCUGCUGGAAGUUUUGGUGAGGGAUCGCUGGCACAAAGUUCUGGUGAACUUGAGCGAGGACGCCCUGGUUCUGAGCUGCGAGGAGGGCGCUGCGGCGUACAACGGCAUCGGGACCGCCACCAAUGGCUCGUUCUGCAGGGGCGCCGGCGCGGGGCACCCGGGCGCGGGCGGCGCGCAGCCCCCGGACUCGCCCGCCGGGGUCCGCACCGCCUUCACCGACCUGCCCGAGCAGGUGCCCGAGUCCAUCUCGAACCAGAAGCGCGGCGUGAAGGUGCUGAAGCAGGAGCUGGGCGGGCUGGGCAUCAGCAUCAAGGGGGGCAAGGAGAACAAGAUGCCCAUCCUCAUCAGCAAGAUCUUCAAGGGGCUGGCGGCGGACCAAACGCAAGCCCUGUACGUAGGGGACGCCAUCCUGUCGGUAAACGGGGCCGACCUGCGGGACGCCACCCACGACGAGGCGGUGCAGGCGCUGAAGCGCGCUGGCAAGGAAGUGCUGCUGGAAGUGAAGUAUAUGCGGGAAGCCACACCCUACGUGAAGAAAGGCUCCCCAGUAUCCGAGAUCGGGUGGGAAACGCCUCCGCCAGAAUCCCCUCGGUUAGGCGGCGGGUCCUCAGAUCCUCUGUCAUCGCAGUCCUUCUCCUUCCAUAGAGACCGGAAAAGCAUCCCUCUCAAGAUGUGCUUCGUCACUCGGAGCAUGGCCUUGGCUGACCCUGAGAACAGGCAGCUUGAAAUCCACUCUCCAGAUGCUAAGCACACGGUGAUCCUGAGAAGCAAGGACUCAGCCACUGCCCAGGCCUGGUUCACCGCCAUCCAUGGCAACGUCAGUGACCUGCUCACCCGAGUGAUCACCGAGGUCCGAGAGCAGCUGGGGAAGACGGGCAUUGCUGGGAGCCGGGAGAUCAGGCAUCUCGGCUGGCUUGCAGAAAAGGUGCCCGGGGACAGCGAGAAACAGUGGAAGCCAGCCCUGGUUGUGCUGACUGAGAAGGACCUUCUAAUUUAUGACAACAUGCCACGGAGGAAGGAAGCCUGGUUCAGCCCAGUUCACACGUACCCUCUUCUUGCCACCAGGCUGGUCCAUUCAGGUCCAGGGAAAGGAUCACCCCAGGCUGGUGUAGAUCUGUCCUUUGCAACACGAACUGGUACCAGGCAAGGUAUUGAAACGCAUCUCUUCAGGGCUGAGAUCAGCAGGGACCUCUCACAUUGGACAAGGAGCAUAGUACAGGGGUGCCAUAACUCAGCUGAACUCACUAUUGAAGUCACCACAGCUUGCACCUAUAAAAACCAGGAGUGCCGGUUGACCAUACAUUAUGAGAAUGGAUUUUCUAUUACCACUGAACCACAGGAGGGUGUCUUUCCCAAGACAAUCAUACAGGCUCCUUAUGAAAAGCUGAAAAUGUCUUCAGAUGAUGGAAUCAGGAUGCUGUAUUUAGAUUUUGGAGGCAAAGAUGGAGAGCUUCAACUGGACCUUCAUUCCUGCCCCAAGCCGAUUGUUUUCAUCAUUCAUUCCUUCCUGUCAGCUAAGAUUACAAGGCUGGGGUUGGUGGCCUGAACAGAAGAGUGAACUGCCUUUGAGAAAAGGAGGGCUAUGAUGCCACCGAAAAGUGUCAUAUCAGACACCAUUUGCAGUGAUGCACCAGAUGUAGCAUGCCACUGUCAGCUUUAGAUCCCAAGAGGCCUGUGUAACAGUCCCAGACUCCUCUGUCAAUUUCAGCAACUAUAAAGGGUACCUUCAGAAAAAUUCCACAAGGACUAUCAGAAUGAAACUGUUUUUUUAGAACAGUAAAAGGGUAAAGAGGUGAGGCUGAUUGGAAAUACACAGCAUAGCUUUUAAAUAAUGACAGUCAAGGACAUGAACAUUAGAACAGCAUGUGCAGAUCUUAAUCAUACCAGUUUCUAGGCAACUGGUUCACCCAGGUAAGCAAGGGCUGUAUAGAUGAGAAAUGGACGUUUUUCACCUCUCCCCUCCCCACCCCAGUAAUAAGGACCCCUUGUUUUAUUGUGCUUUAUUUCCUAUUUCUAAUUGAGUUGACUUUUGCUGGUAAGGAAAGAAAAGUACUUCAAAUGGAAACCCACCUUUUAUUUAAGUGUGAAACAGCUGUUACUUUUUCUUAAAGAAUUAUCUUUCAAUGAUGUAGAAUGAUUCUGAAGUGUUCUUAUUAGCAUAUGAUGAGUGGGAAUUAAAUAAAGCACCAGAUACUGAUCUGAGCUGUAAGCUGGUGGAUUCUGAGCCAAAGUAGACUGCUUAAAUUGCAAAGCUUUGCUGAAGAGUGGUGUGCGUGAAAGAUGAUUAAUUCUGGGACUACACUCAUACCCAAAGUCUGCUAUCUUAGAGCCAUGACUUAUAGCUUUAUUUAUAAAAGCAAAUUAUGGAUUUUUUUAAAAGAUUGUCAAUGGAUAUAUAUAUAUAUAUAUAUAUAUAUAAAAUAAUUCAGGCGGGGUUAACUAAUUUUCCCCAUUUUGUGGUUUUCAGUGGAAGUACUCAGCAAUUUAUUGGCCCUUGUUUCUGCCUGUGCUUGUAUGCAUGCAUUUUCAAGCAAGUAAUAGAGCAGCCUUAUAUGAUUCUGGUUAAUGCUGGGUUUUACAUAGAGAGCCAAUGUUAUAAUCAAACCCAUCAAACCCAUCAACAGCUCUUUUGGAAUUCCAGGGAAAUAAUAUAAUGACCUGAUAUUUUUCUACAAGAAUAUUUUCAGACAUCAUAUAGCAUAUUACUGAUUUAACACUUUUGCUUUUAUCUUUCAAAACAAAUUCACUGAAAACACACCUAUUAUUUGAUUUUAAAGUCACUUUUCUCAAAUCUUGAAAAUGAGCUCUAGAAUUUCUGUAUUUGUAACCGUUCUCUCCCCUAUAGUUUUACAUAGACAAAUGUUUCAGGUUAGGUUUGUGUGUUAUUUUUCAGAACCGUAUUUUAGCAAAUACCUAUGCAAAGAGCUUUAAAAAGUAAAACUGUUUUAAAAGAAUGUGAUUUUGUUCACUCAGAUACAUGUGUUUCUUGAGUUUUACUUUAGAUCAGCAUUUUAUUUUAGAUCAGUGUUUCCCCAAAGUAAUACAAGUAACAUGUAAUACAAGUUCCAAGGGGCAUUGAUUGACUGGUGUUUUGUCGGGGGGCAAUUAAAGGGAUUGGUCAUCAAAAAUGUUUGUUCAGGGCUUCCCUGGGGGCGCAGCGGUUGAGAGUCCGCCUGCUGAUGCAGGGGAUACGGGUUCAUGCCCCGGUCUGGGAAGAUCCCACAUGUCGGCGGAGCGGCUGGGCCCGUGAGCCAUGGCCGCUGAGCCUGCGUGUCCGGAGCCUGUUGCUCCGCAAUGGGAGAGGCCACAACAGUGAGAGGCCCGCGUACCGCAAAAAAAAAAAGUUUGUUCAAUACUGAGUUAAAAAAUGUUAAACAGAUUUCAUGAUUGCAGGCCUCCUCAAAGACUUUAUUGCACAUUGCGAUUCUGCAAGGGGGGGCAUCCUGUGUGCCAUUCCUAAUGCUUACCUACAGAACUCCUCUCUAAAGGAGCAUCUUGUGAAGCUAGUGUUAAAACACACACACACAAAACAAAACAAAACAAAAAAUACAUUGUGGAAAACACAGCUUUAGGACACUGAUUUUGUUUUGUUUCCUAUUUUAAAAUGCUAAAGAGUGAAGUCCCAGCCUGAAUAUUGUAGGAAAUCUUUGAUGAAUUGUAAAUUCUAACGUACUCUUUCAUUAUAUAUUUUCAAAAUCACUGGAUUGUUGUUAUAUGAGAGAAUUAUACUUGUGUAUUGUAAAUAACAUAUUAAAAUACAUAUAUUAAUGCCAAUAGCUUAAUUCAACAAUGUGUAAUCUAAGGUGCUCAGUACUACAUGAAGUGUGAGUUAAUUACUCAUAAUUUAGUUGCAGAGAUCCUAUUAUAUAUUUAUAGACAAAAUGAUCAUAAUUACAAAUAUUAUUUCUUCAUCACUUGAGUUUUGGACUGAUUAAUAUCUGGAUGCGGGUCAACAGAAACUACAUUCUCUGUGUUUUUAAAAGUUUAAUUUAAAUAUUUAUAUUUUAGAAAAAUAUAUUUGAAUAAAGUUAAUGCAUUUUCUGAAUUAAAAUGUGUUAUUAGCAAGAAAUAGAAAAUUUUACUAAGAGAAUUGUGUAUAUAAAUAAUUUUUCUUCCUCAAAGUUAAAUUGUAUCAUAUCAGAGUGGCUAUGAUGAAUCAAUUUAAAUACUCAUUUUUUCUCAUUCUGAAUUCAACAGGUUAUAAGUUUACACUGUAGAUUUAAUCUUGUUGAUGUGUGUUAUGAAUGUUGUGAAUAACACAAACUCAUACAUCUGGAUCAUGCGUGGGUAUGGUUAGCAAAUCAACUGAGUGAUUUUGGGGGGUUUGUUUUUGUCCAGUUCCCUCUGUGCUCAAUCUGUUUCUUAUUUGAAUUGAUGAAUUAUUAAACUCACAAUGUCUGUCCUUUUAGGGGCAAACCAACACCAAUGAAUGAUGUCUUAAUCUAUAUUUUGUGGGAAGCUGCCCAUUUGUUAGAUGUGAUUAGGUGAGCCCUUUGGUGUGGUGACGUAUCUUUAAACCAUCCCGUUGGAAUUUAAAGAAAGCCAACAGGAAGAUUGCUAUCAGUUUUUUUUUCUGACUUGAAUUAAGUAGGAGGAACAAAACUAUAAACCUAUUCAAAAAAACACUCAGGCAGAGACAUUUCAUUAAUUCUAUCAAUUGAUGCAUUAAAAUGCUGAAAAAUGCAUGUUUCUUUAUCCAAAUGCUUGUUGACCCUGCUUGGUUGAAGUCAGAAGGAGGUCUUAACGGGCAGAAGGAUUCUUCUGAAAUUAAUGAGCAGGGCCUUUCUGGCCCCUGUUACAAAUACUGGAUACUCUAUCUUGACGGGAUUGGAGUAGACUAGGGUAAGGGAGUAAUUUUUGAAUGUACCAUGAGUUAAAAAAAAAAUGUGCCUAUGUUUAUAGCACUAUGGCUAUCAUGUAAAAUUGAUAUAUGAAUUAAAUAAAUAUUCAUCUCUGAA